UUAGUAAUAAAAUAAGAUACUUGGCUUAAAAGCUAGUUUUGUUUUAUAAGCACCUAAGGCAGAGGAAACAAGAGUUAUCAUUUCAAAGAAAAGAGAAAAACAGGUGAGAAGUGUAAUAAGGUAAAGAAAAAGUGUGUUGUAAUUUGUGGAACAUCAAUGGCAACACCAAAAAGGUCACAUGAUCAACAACAACAACAAAUUGUGCAACAAGUGAAGAAUUCAGGAAUGAUGAACAACCACAUGAGUCCAAGAAGAGAUGAUAGGGAAGAGGAGAUUUCAAGAUCAGUUCUAGCAAUGUUCAAAGCAAAAGAAGAAGAAAUUGAGAGGAGAAAAUUGGAGGUUAGAGAUAAGGUUCAUGCUCAUCUUGGUCGAGUCGAAAACGAAACAAAGCGAUUGGCUGAGAUAAGAGAAGAGAUUGAGGGUUUCACAGAUCCAAUGAGGAAGGAUGUUGCAAUGGUUAGAAAGAAGAUUGAUAUGGUUAACAAAGAGUUGAAGCCAUUGGGUCAAACUUGCCAGAAAAAGGAGAGAGAAUACAAUGAAGCUCUUGAGGCUUUCAAUGAGAAAAACAAAGAAAAGGCUCAACUUGUUACCAAAUUAGUGCAGCUUGUGGCUGAAAGUGAGAGGAUGAGGAUGAAGAAGCUGGAGGAGCUAAGCAAAAACAUAGAUACACUUCAUUGAGAUAUUAUGCUAGUGAUCUAGUUAAGUAACUUUGUGGGUUCAGUGUGCUGUUAACUACAAUCCAUAUCAUUGAAUGUGGUAGAAUUUGUGAUUUCAAUGUAUUUUUUGCUGACUUAGGAAAAUAUGUUCAAUAAAAGUGUCAUUAAACUCCUAAUCUACUCAA